GCAAAAGCUCGCGGCGAAAAUGCCAAACGGUUGUUGUCAACGAUUCCCCUCAAAGGGGUGGUUUGAUCGUAAACUUAGGGGGGUCGAGGAGGACACGAUGAAAAUGUUUGUCGUUUGGACGAAAGACAAGGCUUUUGGUGUGGACGACCCCAAACCCGUAUCCAAAAAAAUUAAGUGGAAACUCCUAUAUGUUCCUUUUGACGGGAUACCCUUCAUGGUGGUGGGGAGGAGGGUCUACUCCUGUCACCAAGGGGUAGACAAGCACAAACAUGAAAAACUGACUAGACAACUACAACUGCUUGAUGACCACUCAGACCAUUGUUAUGAAGAGAGGCGACGUCUUCAAGACUCGAAGAAACUGGACUGCCCAGCCAGAAUAUAUGUGGUUCAUCUAAUCAGAUUCCCUGAUUACAAGAUAUCUGAUGACAUUCAUAAACAGAGGAAGGAGAGCGCUGUGUGUCUGAGACGUGCCUUAACAAAAAACCCAUCAGCAGUGAAGCUGGAGGAGCAAUAUGUUGCCUGCUUCCCAGGGAUCGAGGAGCACAAAAACCAUCCUGUGGUAGGAGAGGUUCGUGAGCCAGUGGACACUAGCAGCACCCCUCCCAGUGACAGCAUCAUUCCUCACAAAGACACCAGCAAUCCUCCCAGAAACUCCAGCAAGACAAAGAAAAGGCAAAGGUGUGAGAGCUUACUGCAUCAAAUUUCAGAUCUCACAUACCGUCUACAGGAUGAGCCAUUUCUGGACUCCUUGACUUUUCGACUGAAUGACCUUUUGGAGGAUGUGAGGCGUCAUACCCCUCAUGAUGACACCCUUCCCCUGUCUUACACACCUCCAUCCAAAAAAAUAAUAGAUACCUCAAAACCCUCAGCAUAAUCCCCAAAACACAUCCAUCCUCUGGAAAGUUUGGUCAUGGUGCUGAAGCAGUGAAAGUAAGCUUCAAGCCUUAAAUGCAGAUGUAAUGUAGUUUUUUUGCUUGUUCCUUUUGUAUUAAUGACCACAAAAUAAUAAUUAUAAAACGUGUUUUUCCGAUUAUGGACGCUGAUUGCCUGAAACCUUUCUCCUCAGUUCUCCUCCUAAUUUUAAAGCGUUAAUUCAACAAUAUCUAAAAACAGCUUUAUGUUUGAAAAAUAAGAAGGGUGUAAAUUUGUUACAAAUUUGUUGUGAUUUUACUUUAUUUCUUUAUAU